AUGAAGUUUUCUUUGGAAAAAUUUCCUCGCAAGAUCACUAAAGUUUCGUUGUUUGGUGGUUAUGAUGAGAAGAACAAUUUGAGAUCAAGAUCAAGAAGCUGUCGGGAAUUGGCUGUCAAUUACAAUGGCUAUCCCUAUUUCACUUCUCCCCGCCACCCUCUUGAAUCGGAACUGGCAAUGCAAGAGGCGGAUUGCAGUACUGCCGAGGACGGUAGCGGCAUAGGGAUCGUUAAUUUCUUCCAAGGAAAGAAUAUUUUCAUUACCGGGGGAACUGGUCUUGUUGGAAAAGUUCUGAUCGAAAAGUUAUUAAGAUCGACAUCAGUGGGUAAAAUAUAUGUACUUGUGAAGGCAAACGAUAAGGAGACUGCAUCGCAAAGAUUGUCAGAAGAAAUUAUACAUUCAGAAUUAUUUGAAUGUAUACGAGAAAAAUAUGGAAGCUCAUACGAAGAAUUUGUACGAGAGAAGUUGAUACCUAUUGCUGGAAAUAUUUGCAAAUCCAAUCUAGGAAUGGACCCUUAUUACACACAUACAAUCACAGAGCAAGUGGAUGUGAUCAUAGGGUCCGCAGCUAGCACAAAUUUGAAUGACAGGUACGACUUCUCACUCGAUGUAAACGUGAAUGCUCCUCAACGCUUGAUGAGGUUUGCUAAGACGUGCAAGAACCUCAAGCUUUUUGUACAUGUUUCAACAGGAUUACGUCUUGGUGUAGCGUAUGUUAAUGGAAGACGAGAAGGGAUAAUCUUUGAAAAGCCGUUGAGUAUGGGAGAAAAUGGGAAAAAGGAGGAUGACGGGACGUCUUCAUCCUUGUUUCCUCGACUGGAUGUAACCGAUGAGAUAAACCUGGCUAUGAAAUCAUGCAUAGCCUCAACGGAGAAUGAUUUGACCAAAAAUUUGAAAAGACUAGGCCUAGAGAGGGCUGCAUUCUACGGAUGGUACACUACAUAUCACAUGACGAAAGCAAUGGGUGAGAUGGUGAUCAAUGAAAUGAGAGGAGACGUGCCGGUGCUGAUCGUCCGACCAUCUGUUAUCGAGAGUAGCUACAAAGAGCCGAUCCCUGGAUGGAUACAGGGAAAUAGAAUGUUCGAUCCGGUGAUUAUGUCUUAUGGAAAAGGGCUGCUUCCGGCUUAUCUUGCGGAUCCAGAUGUAUAUAUGGAUAUUGUCCCAGUUGAUCUGGUGGCAAAUACAAUUAUUGCAGCUAUUGCCAAACAUGGAAUUGUCAAAAAACCAGACUUGAAUGUCUACCAUGCGGCAACUAACUUUGUGAAUCCUUUGCAAUAUUCUGACUUUUUCGACUACAUUUAUGAAUACUUCAAUGCAAAGCCUGCAACCCUGUCUGGAAGCAUUGCAAAGAUGAAAUUAUUCAAAGAAUUCGGUGACUUCUCUAAGUACAUAAGAGAUGAAUUGCUCCAGCCUGAUGGAGUGACAAAUGCAAUGACGCCCCAAAAGCUUCAGAAACAAUACAAAGCAAAGGUUGCCUAUGCGGAGCAGUUGUGCAAAAUGUAUGAAUUCAUAGGAUUCUUUCAAGCAAGGUUUCAUACGGGCAACACUCGGAAGUUAUUAGAAGAGAUGUCGGAAGAGGAGAAGCUUUGUUUUGAAGUUGAUGCAAGAAAAAUAGAUUGGAGAAAAUAUUUUGUCCAAAUUCACAUCCCGGGUUUCAGAAAGCAUGUGCUUAAUGACACAAAAGUAUCUGUCUAA